UCUACUUGUACAUAAAAUAAAUAAAUUAAUGUAGAACAACACACACAAAUUGCAUAAAAAGCAUUCCACCGAUGGAGUUUAUUAUUCUGAUCCACAUAUACUCAAAUGGAUCUAGUCUUGUGCAGAGGACGAGCCAGCUUCCAUGGCAGCACUGUUGUUUAUGCUCUGAUUAUGACCAAGGAGACACAAGACUUCCGACUGCUUAUCCAAGAUUCUUCUGACAAUAGCAACGCGAUGGACAUCCUUACCAACUCGAGCCUCACAAGAGUCCUCGUACUCUAUGUAGAAAACUGCAUCGUAGUCUCCAAGUCCCUGGGUACUUUCAGUAGCCACUUUCAGAAUCUUCAAAUUGGCCAGACUGAGUCUGGCAACGUCAAAGCUCUUAUUGGUUGUAGCAACUGCAAGUUUCAAGGAAAAUCGGUUGGUGCCAUCGUGUUAGUCGUGAGGCCGUGCGACCGCCUUUGCUUUACACGUACGGAAGAAGGAAGAAAGGAAAGGAUCAGAGGGAAUCAAGUGCAGAGCGUGACGUGUCUACAGCUGUUACAUGAUUGGCUACUUUAUGAGGAAGGAAAGGAGUAAAGAAUAAACACCGUUGUGACGUUGAUGGGUUGGAGUUAACGGUUAACGUCCCCACGAGAUGCGUGUGUUUACUUUUCGUCUUUUAUAUAAACGAGUGAGGUUUGUUAUUGAGAGUAUCAAGAGAUUUGAUCAAACUUGUGAAAGGGAGAGAGAGACCCUAGAGUAAUUCUCUCAAGUUGUAGACAUUUAUCUCAGAUCUAUAUAUCAUUUCACUUCUC